UGCGGCCGGAGCCCAUGAGCACCAUGAGUCUGCUGACCCUCGCCCUGCUUUUCUCCUGCUCCUUCGCCCGCGCAGCCUGCGACCCCAAGAUCGUCAAUAUCGGCGCCGUGCUGAGCACGCGGAAACAUGAGCAGAUGUUCCGCGAGGCCGUGAACCAGGCCAACAAGCGACACGGCUCCUGGAAGAUACAGCUCAAUGCCACCUCCGUCACCCACAAGCCCAACGCCAUACAGAUGGCCCUGUCCGUGUGCGAAGACCUCAUCUCCAGCCAGGUCUAUGCCAUCUUAGUUAGUCACCCACCGACCCCCAACGACCACUUCACUCCCACCCCUGUCUCCUACACAGCCGGCUUCUACCGCAUCCCCGUCCUGGGACUGACCACCCGCAUGUCCAUCUACUCAGACAAGAGCAUUCACCUGAGUUUCCUGCGCACCGUGCCACCCUACUCUCACCAGUCCAGUGUCUGGUUCGAAAUGAUGCGCGUCUACAACUGGAACCACAUCAUCCUGCUGGUCAGCGAUGACCAUGAGGGCCGGGCAGCGCAGAAGCGCCUCGAGACACUGCUGGAGGAGCGCGAAUCCAAGGCUGAGAAGGUGCUGCAGUUCGACCCAGGGACCAAGAAUGUGACGGCCCUGCUCAUGGAGGCCCGGGAGCUGGAGGCGCGUGUCAUUAUCCUGUCAGCCAGCGAGGACGAUGCUGCCACCGUGUACCGCGCGGCAGCGAUGCUCAACAUGACGGGCUCCGGGUACGUGUGGCUGGUGGGCGAGCGUGAGAUCUCGGGCAAUGCCCUGCGCUAUGCUCCGGAUGGUAUCAUUGGACUGCAGCUCAUCAGCGGCAAGAACGAGUCCGCGCACAUCAGCGACGCCGUGGGCGUGGUGGCGCAGGCCGUGCACGAGCUCCUGGAGAAAGAGAAUAUCACCGACCCGCCGCGGGGCUGCGUGGGCAACACCAACAUCUGGAAAACCGGGCCGCUCUUCAAGAGGGUGCUGAUGUCUUCAAAGUAUGCAGAAGGGGUGACUGGCCGCGUGGAAUUCAAUGAGGAUGGGGACCGGAAGUUUGCCAACUACAGUAUCAUGAACCUGCAGAACCGAAAGCUGGUGCAAGUGGGCAUCUACAAUGGCACCCAUGUUAUCCCCAACGACAGGAAAAUCAUCUGGCCAGGGGGAGAGACGGAGAAGCCUCGAGGGUACCAGAUGUCGACCAGGUUAAAGAUCGUGACAAUCCACCAGGAGCCUUUCGUGUACGUGAAGCCCACCAUGAACGACGGAACUUGCAAGGAGGAGUUCACGGUUAACGGAGAUCCAGUUAAGAAGGUGAUCUGCACAGGCCCCAACGACACGUCGCCGGGCAGCCCUCGCCACACGGUACCUCAGUGCUGUUACGGUUUCUGUAUCGACCUGCUCAUCAAGCUGGCGAGGACCAUGAACUUCACCUACGAGGUGCACCUGGUAGCUGAUGGCAAAUUCGGCACGCAGGAGCGGGUUAACAACAGUAACAAAAAAGAGUGGAACGGGAUGAUGGGCGAGCUGCUGAGCGGACAGGCAGACAUGAUCGUGGCACCGCUGACCAUCAACAACGAACGUGCUCAGUACAUCGAAUUCUCCAAGCCUUUCAAAUAUCAGGGCCUGACCAUUCUGGUCAAGAAGGAGAUCCCCCGAAGCACGCUGGACUCAUUCAUGCAGCCCUUCCAGAGUACGUUGUGGCUGCUGGUGGGAUUGUCGGUGCACGUAGUGGCCGUGAUGCUGUACCUGCUCGACCGCUUCAGCCCCUUCGGCCGGUUCAAGGUGAACAGCGAGGAAGAGGAGGAGGACGCGCUGACCCUCUCAUCAGCCAUGUGGUUCUCCUGGGGCGUCCUGCUCAACUCGGGCAUCGGGGAAGGCGCCCCCCGGAGCUUCUCAGCGCGCAUCCUGGGCAUGGUGUGGGCAGGCUUCGCCAUGAUCAUUGUGGCUUCCUACACCGCCAACCUGGCGGCCUUCCUGGUGCUGGACCGGCCUGAAGAGCGCAUCACCGGCAUCAACGACCCACGGUUGAGGAACCCCUCGGACAAGUUCAUCUACGCCACGGUGAAACAGAGCUCUGUGGACAUCUACUUCCGUCGGCAAGUGGAACUGAGUACCAUGUACCGGCACAUGGAGAAACACAACUAUGAGAGCGCGGCGGAAGCCAUCCAGGCCGUGCGGGACAACAAGCUACACGCCUUCAUUUGGGACUCGGCGGUGCUGGAGUUUGAGGCCUCACAAAAGUGUGACCUGGUGACCACGGGCGAACUCUUCUUCCGAUCAGGCUUUGGCAUUGGCAUGCGCAAGGACAGCCCAUGGAAGCAGAACGUUUCCCUGUCAAUUCUCAAAUCCCACGAGAACGGUUUCAUGGAAGACCUGGAUAAGACUUGGGUGCGAUACCAGGAGUGUGAUUCUCGCAGCAACGCCCCUGCAACCCUGACCUUUGAGAACAUGGCAGGGGUCUUCAUGCUGGUGGCUGGGGGCAUUGUGGCUGGCAUCUUUCUGAUCUUCAUUGAGAUUGCCUACAAGCGCCACAAAGAUGCGCGCAGGAAGCAGAUGCAGCUGGCUUUUGCUGCAGUGAACGUGUGGAGGAAAAACUUGCAGCAGUAUCAUCCCACUGAUAUCUCGGGCCCGCUCAACCUCUCAGAUCCCUCGGUCAGCACCGUGGUGUGAGACCCCCCGGAGCCGCCCGCCCGCCCGCCCGCCCAGUUAGCCCGGCCAAGGACAGUGAUGGUCCUGCUGCCCGGGAAGGCCUGAGGGAAGCCCACCCGCCCCAGAGACUGCCCAUCCCCGGCCUCCCAUCCAUCCGUCCGCCCGCCGCCUGGCGGACAGGCCCCUGCUGGACCGAGCGUGGGCUGGACCGAGCGCGGACCGGAGCGAGUAGGGCCAGAGGCUGAGCCGGUUGGGCAGGGCCGCAGGGCGCUCCGGCAGAGGCAGGGCCCUGGGGGCUUGAGCGUCGGGGGAGAGGGGAUACUCUGGCCCUGGGCACAGGGGCUUGGAGCAGAGCUACAGGUCCGUCCUGCCCAGCCACCACCAGAGCCACAGCUGGCUGGGCCACUCCGUCCUAAAGCGACUAUGUUCCUCUGCAGUCUCCGCCCAACCCCUCCUCUCUUCUCGCUGCACCCCGACGACCCUUCCCCCUCGACCCC